CCGGAAGUUAUACAGAUCUCUGCUAUCAUGGCUGAAAAAAAGAAUGUUUUGGGGCUGCCACUGCUGUUCUUAUUAAUAACAGUGGCUCUUUUGCAUUUACUAAUUUGUCCAUUUACGAAAGUUGAGGAAAGCUUUAAUUUACAAGCUGCACACGACAUUCUGUAUCACAGAAUCAACUUUGACAAGUAUGACCAUCAUGAGUUUCCCGGUGUGGUGCCUCGAACUUUCCUCGGCCCUCUGGUCCUCUCAGUGCUCUGCUCCCCAGUCGUGUUUCUGUCCUCUCUGCUGGACGCGCCGAAAUUCUACACCCAGCUGACAGUCCGGGCGACCCUGGGAGUGUGUGUCGUCGCUGCACUGUGGCACAUGCAGAAGGAGGCGAGGAGGCAGUUUGGCUCCACGGUUGCAGGGCUCUUUUGUCUGACGUGUGCUUCUCAGUUUCACCUCAUGUUCUACAGCACCAGGACGCUCCCUAACAUAUUUGCACUGCCGCUGGUUCUCGUGGCGUUCACAUCUUGGAUGGCUCAGAAACAUGGCCGGUUCGUCGGCCUCUCUGCUUUCGUCAUCAUCGUGUUCCGGGCGGAGCUCUGCAUCUUCCUGGGUCUGAUGUUACUCCUCUCAUUGCUGAGCAGGAAGCUGGGGCUACUGCAGCUGCUUUACUACGCUGUUCCUGCUGGGGUCUUGUCACUGGCUUUGACGGUGGCCGUUGACACCAUCUUUUGGAGGAAAUUGUUGUGGCCUGAAGGUCAGGUUUUGUGGUACAACACUAUCCUCAACCAAAGUUCCAACUGGGGAACCUUUCCGUUUCUGUGGUACUUUUACUCUGCCUUGCCCCGCGGCCUGGGCUGCACGCUGCCGUUCGUCCCCCUCGGCCUGAUUGACCGGCGGAUGAGGCUGCUGCUGCUGCCCACCGUGGGCUUCAUCCUCACCUACUCGCUCCUCCCCCACAAGGAGCUGCGCUUCAUCAUAUACACGUUCCCCGUGCUCAGCCUGGUGGCUGCUCGAGGCUGUUCUUUCAUUCUGUGCAACUACCAGAAAUCCUGGAUGUAUAAACUGGGCUCUGCAGUUGUGGUUGGCCAGCUUUUUAUCAACGCGGCGUACUCCAGUGUUAGUCUAUAUGUUUCCCACCACAACUACCCAGGGGGACGAGGAAUGCUGGAGCUGCACCGGUUGUUGCCAGUCACAACAGAUGUCUUUGUUCACAUUGACACCUACUCUGCUGAAACGGGAGUAUCUCGCUUCUUGGAGCAGAACAAAAACUGGAGAUAUGACAAACGUGAGGACCUGAUUCUGAAGAAUGCCGACAUGAAAAUGUACACGCACCUCGUGAUGGAGGCUAACGUCACCAAGAUAAAACGGCUCCAGGGCACCCACCAGCCUCUGGCCUUCAUUGCAGGCUACAGCAACAUCGCCCUCAACAUGUUUCACAUCCCGCCUGUCAGCGUGCAAUUAGCGAGAAAAACUGUGCUCAUGGAGAGAAAGACUGCAACCUAACGCCACGGAGAGGGACUCCUACGUUAGUGUUUCUAUGUGACCACAACAGAGUGCUACCAAUGUAGAGUAAUAAUAUGACAGGUUUACGGAUUCUGCUUCAGUCUUCUUACGCUGGAUUGCAUAUGAUGAAUUUUUGUAUUGCUGGCAGGUGUUAUUUGAAUAUUUUUGAUAUUUUAUAAACCAAUACAGUUGAAACUCA